GGAGUGGAGGAGAUGGAGAUCACGAGAGUCCCUCUGAGCAGUGCACGGGCCCUGUCGAGUGUCGACAGCCGACGCCGCCCUCCCCGUCCAACCCCACGCCCGCACUGCUGCUCGUCUACUUGGCAUUGAUGGCUGCACCAGCAGCAGGAGCUUGUCCUCCUCCUCCUCCAUAUCUCCAGCCGGUCCUCACUCCUCAUUUCUCUGCCCUCUCCUUCCUCUCCUCAAAAGUCUCUGUAAAAAAAGUAGGUAGUGUCUCUUUUCGACCGCUGCAGAGGAGCGAGAGGGAGCUCCCACUCGUGCCGCUGUUCCUCGCGCCAUGGACUCCUUCAGCUUCCUCAAGUACCUGCGCGGCGGCGUGCUCACCGGCGCCCAUCGCGCGCCCGCGGCCGCCACGACCAUCGCCGCGUCGGCGUGCGAGUACGGCGACGACGCCUCCUCCUUCUUCGACCUGGAGUUCGCGGUGCCCGGCGACGAGAGCGCCACGUCCGACGUCGAGGAGGAGCGGGUCGAGCUCAGCUUCGCCGCGGGUGACGAAGGCGUCGUGGCGCCCGUGGCCGCCGUCGCGCCGGCGGCAGAGGCGGAGCCUGAGGCCGCGCCGCCGCCGUCGCUGCCCCGUCCGGCCACCAGGUUUCGCGUGCUGCUGCUCAAGCUACGGAAGCCCAAGGGCGGCCUGGCGGCGGCGGACGCGGCCGGCACCAGCGCCGCGCCGGUGGCGAGCCGGUUCCUGGUAAAGCUCCGGGUGGACGACGCGACGCCGCUGGCGUCACUGUUCACGCGCGACAACAGCUCGCGCGCCUCGGACGCCGUCGCGGACCGGCCGGCUACGGCAGCGGCGGCGGCGGCGGAGCCCCAGCAGCAGGAGCAGGAGGUGGCGGCGUCGAUCACCGCGGAGGAGCGGCGGUUCGCCAAGGAGGUGGUCCUGCGGUACCUGAGCAAGAUCAGGCCGCUGUACGUGAAGGUGUCCCGGCGGUACGGCGAGCGGCUCCGCUUCGGCGGCGCGGCGAGCGAGGGAGAGGAGGAGACGGACGCGGAGGCGGACCCGUCCCCGUCGCAGGCUCCUCCACCGUCCGUGCCGGCGGGGGUGGUGGCGUGCGGCGUGCGCGCGCCACGCGCCAGCGUGCCCGCGGGGCUGAAGCAGGCGUGCAAGCGGCUGGGGAAGAGCCGGUCGGCGUCGUCCGCGGUUGCGGUGGCGCCCUCUCCCGCGGCGGCGGCUCUGAGUGGCCCGCAGCCGCAGCGGCGGGACGACUCGCUGCUGCAGGUGCAGGACGGCAUCCAGAGCGCCAUCGCGCACUGCAAGCGCUCGUUCAACGCCUGCAAUGGUACGGGCACGGGCCCACCUCAGCGAUGCAACAGCAGCCCCUAGUAAACAAAGCACGGCAUGCAUGCAUGCAAUCCGGCUGCAUGACCUUGCCGUCUAGUUCCUUCGAUGAUGAUCUUUUGUCUUCCUGUGUGAUGGUGGUUGCGGUUGCAUUGCAUUGCACUGCACUGCACCGCACCGUGUGUUGUGCAGUUGUCCAGUGGGGUAUGCGACGGAGAGAGGCUAGUAGUACCAACUCCACUUGUAAAAAUCCUGGUACGAGCACUCGUGGAAGGUAUGUGCACGACCUGCUCUUUCAUGGCUAGCCAUUGUGUACUGUACUGUGACUAGAGAAGGGACGGGACGGCGGCGUCGUGUCGGGGUAAAAGGGUGACCGGCGCUUUUGGCGAUUCCGCAGUUGUUUGCA